CCAAAUGCUGCUACCUUAAAUCUGGCUGCCAGUCAGCACUGCAUUUGCAUCGAUUUUUCCGAAUUUCCUCUAAACACGUUUGAUGCUGUUUCAAAUUCAACGCAAAUCGAUUCACGCCUCGGCCCCGACACCUGCGCCAAAUGUGACAAGCUCCCAGGCCUUGCUCAGAUCGACAUCAAGUCAGCCUGUACAGUUGCAGUCUCACCAACGCAACGUUUUCACACAUACACACAAUGCAUCUGCGUCCUAGCCAGUUUGAUCACCUGCACAGAAAAAAAGGUAAACAGAUACAUUCCCAAACAUCUCCAAAAGUUGACAGCUCUCAACCGCCCCGUCGCGACAGCUUCAUUGUGCCUCAAUGUUCCGUGA